GGGAGACCCAUUAGAACUCAUCCGGCAGCAGAAAGUUGACCCUAACCUUCGAGAGGUAAUCAGAGUGAUAAAAGAGGGAGCAGACGUAGACAAACGAACAAUGGACAAGGAGGUAAUAACGCUGCUUCGGCAAAAAGAACGACUGGCAGUGAACGCAUAUGGAGUCCUGACCUGGCAGGACGAUGACGAGAAUUGGGUGGUUGUGAUCCCGAAAGGCUGGCGGCGUAAAAUGAUAAACGAGUGUCACCAGGUAUCACAUACAGGCAUCGCAAGAACGAUGGAUUUACUACGACAAAGUGCAUACUGGCCAGGCAUGAGAGACAAUGUGGCUGAAUACGUGUUAACUUGCCAGCAGUGUCAACAAAUGAAAAGCAAUCGAUACACACAACCGCCACUACAGUCAAUCCCAGUAACUGCAGUCGGUGAUCUAUGGUCGGUGGAUGUGAUGGGACCGUUUCCACAGACGGCGAGCGGUAACCAGUACCUGCUAGUGAUGACGGGACAUGCUACACGUUGGGUAGAUGCCGUACCCAUUGCAGACCAGCGGGCAAGAACAGUGACCGAAGUGGUGAUCCGGCAUAUUGUAGCGUGUCACGGAAUACCGAAGAUGAUAUUAACUGACCAGGGUCCCUGUUUUGAAAGUGACGAGUUUAAAGCCUGUCUAAAGCAGUUUGGCAUCAAGAGGAUACGAACUACACCGUAUCAUCCUCAGACAAACGGGCUUACAGAGAGAAACAACCGGACGUUAAAGGAAUGGUUAGCAUCUAAAGGAGGAAAUUGGGAGAGUUACCAUUGAUUUUGCUGGCGCAUCGCUCCUCUAUACAAAGAACAAACAAGAAGUCACCUUUCUUGCUCAUGUAUGGCAGACAGCCACGACUUCCAAUGCAUAAUAAGACCUGGCCACAACAACAGAAGUGGACGACAACAAGGUUAAUAAAAGAGAGAAGGGAGGCAAUAAAGAACGUGGAAAAGAAACAAAUAUCAAACAUAAAAAAGGCGGAACAACAGAGGAGAACGUGAAAACCUUUUGCAGUGGGGGACCUAGUAAAGUGUAGAGAACGAAAAAGUAGCUUAGCAGGAGGAGCAGGGUCGGGAAAGCUGAUCCCAAAGUGGGAAGGACCGUACGUUAUCACGGGGAGACGCGGCUCGGUUUACACGAUCCGGAGAGAAGACAAACAGAAGCGCGUAAAUCCUAGUCAACUGCAGAGAUGGUUCCAAGAUCAUCAUGUGUGGGGGUCACGAAAAGCACCAAAGAAGACAGCGGUACGGCGAUCAGAAAGACUACGACGACAACUUAUUAAAAGGGAGGACGAGUGUGGUGCGUGCUACUUAUAUUGACAUAAGUAACAUAUAACGCGAGUUAAAAACGUAAUGUCUGGCAGCUGAAGAUGGGAGGGGGAUCAAGAAAGGAAGAGCAGAAACACGAUGCAAUUAGUAAGAAAACGCAUGAACAACGAAAUGUGAGACAAUGGAUUGAUGUUUGCAACAGGAACAAUUUGGUUUGAUAUGGUGGAUUAAUAUUUUGCAAAUUAACGAUUUACUAUAUGCUUUUUCUAUUUUACCAAGUAUCUC